UAGUAGAGUUAGAGCAUUCUCUUCUGUGGUGAUCGAGUUUAUUGUUGUUUCAUAAGUACCACAAGUAUAUAUUUCUUUCUUCUCUAAAUAUUUUCACCGUGGCACUAGCAAAUCAUUGUUAAAGGUUUUUCUAUGCGUAAUAAACAUAUACUCUAAUUACGAAUAGUUCUUGUCUUCGAUCUACUUCUUGAUUGUCUUUGAGGGUUUUGUGUACUUACUUGUCUCAUGUCGACUGUGCGUGUUAUGGGUGAGCGUUUUCACCCAACUGAAGUGCAAUUAAUCAACUAUCUCAAAAGGUUCUUGAAGGGUGAAUCUUUCCCGAGUCAAUGCCCUAUUCGGCUUGCGGAUAUCUAUGGUGAUCAACCUUCAUCGGCCAUUUUUGGAGAAGAGAAAGUUGGCUACUUUAUUUCACCGUUGAAGAAGCAGAAGGAAUCAGAUGAAAGGUAUCGUCCAACUUGUGGCAACGGGACUUGGAGAAGCCAAACUAGUGGCAUACAUAUCGAGAAUCGCAAGGGUACUGUUGUUGUGGGCUUUAGAAGAAAUUUAAAAUGUACUUGUAAAGAAAAAAAGCAAAACUGUAGUACUACUUGGUUGAUGAGAGGGUAUGAUUUCUUCAGGAAAAACGAUAUUCCUAAACAAGAUUUUGUACUGUGCCGAAUCAAGAAGAUUAUAAAAGAGAAAAAGGUGAAGGAUGUUGCAGAAUGGAACAAGAUGUUGCGGGGAGUUUUCGAAGCUAUGUUGCAAGAACUUGAUGAUGACUACCACACAACACAAGUAACAACAAUUUGUCAUGCUAAAUGUCAAAUCAUGGACGAGACUCAGAAGGCCAAAGAAAGAGAACAUAAUAGCAAUUUCAAUGACUGCUUGGGGGAGAUCGAUUGGGCUGAUGAUCUACUCAUAAAUAUUGACGAUUUUGGUGACAUAAUUUGUUGUUAAUUCAUAAUCUUGACUUGAAAAUAUAUGCUAACAGAUUGAUUAGUCUAGUUC